AUGGUUUUGAAGAUAAUGGAUGCUACCUUUUCUAAGCUACAUCUGAAGCUAAAUAUCAUUUGGGCCAAAGAAAUCCACUUUCAGGCAGUUAGUUACCCCAACAGUACCAGACAAUGGCUCUUCCUUCACUCCUGCUAUGCAACUCCAAAUCCAAAUCCCAAUUCCAGACCACAAUACACUGUAAUUGACAACUAUGGGUGUAUGGUGGAUAGUAAACAGGAAAGCUGCUCCUCCAGAUUUGAGAGGCCAAGGAUGGCUAAUGUCGUCUCCUUUACAGUAUCUGCUUUCCAGUUUAAUGACCACAAGCAGGUUUACUUUCACUGCAAGAUGUUUACAAAGAAAAGCCAAGAUGUGACCAACACUGCCAAGUUCUGCACUUACAACAAAAAACUGGCAAGGUGGCAAGAGCUUGGUGGUCAUGACAGAGUAUGUGAAUGCUGUGACUUCGUCUGUGGCCCUUCAGAAUAUGAAGAAG